AUGCCUUCGGAUCAGCUGGCGAGGCUGGGGGGUUGGCGCUUCAUCGACGUGAUGACUAAGCACUACCUCACAACCAUUCCGAGGGAGGCCGUGCUGCUGAAGGCGGGCUUCACCGGGGUUGACGGUGACUACUUCCUGGGUCGCGCAACUGUUCCGGUCAACGAGCUGGAUGAGCUACUGAGGAAGCACAUUUUCCCCCGGGCCGCCGCGGACAAAGGACAGCAACAGUGCAAAAAGUACAACCGCAAGAUGGUAAAAAAGCAGACGCGGGAGAAGCAGGACACUGCGGGGCUUAACAUACUGAAGGAGCUGGACGGGGAGGCUAGGAUGGCGGUCGCGCAAGACCUGGCCAUGUACUACAUUCACCAGCCGCGACACCCGUACGUGGUCAACAACCUGCUCUGCAAGACGGAGGAAUUUGCGUCGUGGGCUGCAAAUGUCUCCUUGGCAAAUCAGCUCGCCAUAGUUCAGCGCAACGCGCCUACACUGACCCAGCCCGCGGUGAAAGAGCUGGAGGGGCUGCUGGAGGAUCGCGAUCGGAAGCUGGCCAGCAAGGACGAGCGCGUAAAUGAUUUGGAGGCCCAGCUGUCGCGUCUCACCGUGAGCAGCUCUGGGCCGACCGCAGAUCCGAGUCUGGCAAACACUCCUUGUGCCGCGGCCGAGCCUGCAAAGGCCACAACUCCCACCGACCAGGGAACGAGGAAGAAACCCGCACAGCCCACGAGGGAAGAGAUGAUUUGGGACGCGAUCGUCCUCCCAUGGGUCAACGCGGCAAAACCGUCGGACGGAUGGAAGCUUUACAAUUCCACGCACCCGCUGAUCGGCGAGAGUCCGGAGUCGCUUAUCGCCCAGCCCCACGGUGCAGUUACGCGGUUGGCCGAGCUUAUUGGGAAGGCUGGAGGCGGCCAUAACACAAUAAACCAUGUCAAGCGAGUCAUGCACUUCAUCGCCCACAGGGUGGAGCAAGGGGACAACCUCGCGGUCGUGCUCGACAAGCUCGACCUCGUGUCUGUAGCUGUGGGCAUGUCGGGUGUAUCGCAAGGGGUCGCGUUGAAGAAGAAGUAUGUUGACGUGACCCUAAGCGAGCUGAAGAAGGGCUCCCCGGCUGAGGUGCAGUUGUGUGUGAAAUGGAUGCUUGUACGCGACUACUUCAUCGAUGCCUCCCUUCCCGCGUCAGAGUUUUCGGUCGCGUGGCCACAGUAUUGUGCCCAGAUGCCACGCCUAGAUUAG